AUGUUUUAUAAUCAAAGACCAACAAAAUUCCAAAAUAUAAUUGGAACUCUCAGCAAAAAUAAAGUUAGAGUCUUGGUUAUUUUAGUAUUGGUUGUAUAUUUAUUUUCAUUUUUAUCAUUCAAAUCAAGUGCAAUCAACAGUCUCAAUAGUAAUGAAAAAUUAAAAACAAAAACAUUUGAAAAGAAUGGAUCUGAAAACAAGAUAAACUAUAAUCAACAACAACAACAAGAAGAAAAUAAAAUUCAAAUAAACGAUGAGAAUAAAAAUAAUAAAAAUAUUAUAGUUACACAAAGCGAAGAAGGAAAAGAGAUUAAUAAAAUAUUAGAAGAGCAACAAGAGCAACAAAUUCAACAAAGAUUAGACUCACAACAACCAGUUGAAUAUGAUACUGCUAUUAUUGUUUUAGGUUAUUCGCUCCACCCAGAUGGUAUGCCAACUCAAAUUUUAAAGGAACGUGUUGUAUUAGCCGCCCAAUAUUAUGCUCAAUUACAAGGUGAAGGAAGCAAUAUCAAAUUAAUUUUAUCAGGUAAGUCCAAAGCCACCUCAUUCGAAGAAGAUCAAGGUUUCAAUAGUGAAGCUGAAGCUAUGAAUGAAAUUGCUCUUCACAAUGAUGUUCCAGCAAGAGAUAUCAUGAUUGAAAACAACUCUACAAAUACUGCUGAAAAUGCUAAAUAUACAUUAGAAUUUUUAAAACAACACAAUAUUCAAAGACUAUUCAUUGUUACUUCAGAUUUCCAUGUUUUAAGAUCACAAUAUAUUUUCCAAACAGUUUUCCCAAGCACAUACGACUUAAUUUUUGUUGGAUCACAAACCUCAAUGAAAACCCAAACAAUGAUGAAAGAUAAAGAAAAGGUUUUAUUCCAAAGCUCAAAGAGAGAUUUAGAUGGUUUGGGACUAUUAGGUGACAAGAAUAUCAAAGGAUACCAUCCAUAUCGUAACUUACCAAGAUGGAGAAUGAUCGAAAGAGAACUCAAUCUUGAUAAGAGAGAGUUAGAAAGUACUUCAUUAAUCGCAGAUUAUGGCUCAAAUGAAGGUUAUUUCUCAAUUCAAAUGGCAAAGAAAUUCCCACAAGCCCGUGUAUACAGUUUUGAAGGAGAAGCUAUCAACGAAUAUAAUGCCGCCACUGUUAAACAUGAAUCUCAAAUGAAAGAACAAAAUAUCGAAAACAAUUUCUUAUGUAAAACAAAAAUUCAUCCAACAAUGUUCAAGAUGUUGGUCGAAAAACAACAACUUUACGAAUACCAAUUAUGUUUAUCAAUUUUCCAUUGGUUCGAUAUGAAUACUCGUGACGAUUUUGAAGAGACUCUCAUUAACCACCUUGUCUCUGCUCGUACUACCUUUAUUGAAUUACCAGAGGCAAUGAAUUACAAAGGUAAUGAAGGUCAACACGCACAUGGAAGAAUCAACAGAUGGUACGCAGACCGUACCGAAGAUCAAAUCCUUAGAGAUAUUAAAGAAAAAUUCGAAAUCCCAAAUAUGACCUGGAAAACAUUAGGUGCAAUUCUCCACGAAAAUAAAACUGUACGUAAAUUAAUUAGAGUCGAUAUUAGAUUAUCUCCAGAAGAUCGUAGCCCAUUAGACCAUGAGACAUUAAAAACCGAGGUUUAUAACUGUGGUAAAUUAAUUAAAGAAAGAAAAAAUUCAUUUUAA